AUGAAUUUUACUAGUGAAGAAUUGAAUUAUUUGAUAUAUCGUUACUUGCAAGAGUCAGGAUUUCAUCACUCAUGUUAUACCUUUGGAAUAGAAAGUCACAUUCACCGCUCGAAUAUUAAUGGUUCUAGUGUACCUCCUGGUGCUUUAAUAUCCAUGGUACAGAAAGGCAUGUUGUAUUACUAUGUCGACAUGACUUUAAAAGAUGAGAACCAAAAUAAUCAUAAUAAUUUAGAGAAUAUUUCACUAAUAGAUUCGAUUGGAAAAAUGUCUGAAUUAUCAUCUGGCAAUCUUAGUUAUGGUGUAGCAACAAAUGCAAAAAAUGAUCAGCAAUUAACACCAGAUAGCCAAAAAAAGCUUACAAAAGAUAGUAAACGUGAAGUCCAGUAUCAUGGCAUACACUCAUAUUACUUUUUAUCUAUUUUCUCAUUUAACUGUUCGUGCGUAUUAGAAAAUUCUGACCAAAGGAGAUCCUCCGAAUCUGAUAUAUUCGCAAUAAAAUGGCACCCAAAUAAAGAGUUAAUAGCUACUGGAUCGUCUGAUGGGACUGCAAAGAUAUCACAACCGAAUGAGGUCGAAGCAACGGUACUUGAACAUUACCCGAAUGAAAUCGACAAAAGGCAACCUGAAGCUAGUAAUGGCAAUUGUGGUAUUUCUGAUCGCUAUGCUGUAACUUCGAUUGUUUGGAAGCCGGAUGGUUCCCAGUUACUAACUGCUUGUGCAGAUGGUAAAGGAAGAAUUUGGCAGUUGGAUGGUAAGCUAGUGGCGACGCUAAGUAAUCACACAGCGCCGAUUUUUGUUUGUCGGUGGAAUAUUGAUGGUAGUUUAAUUGCGAUGGGAAGUGCCGAUAUGCGUGUUACAAUUUGGGAUUCUUCAAGUUAUGAAAUGAAGCAAUGCUGUGAUCAUCAUAAAGGACCAGUAACGGAUAUUGAUUGGCAAAAUGUAUCGAUAUUUGCAACUUGUUCUACGGAUCGUUCUGUAGCUGUAUGUGAAGUUGGAUCUGAGAAGCCGAUAAAGUCAUACGAAGGACAUACGAGCGAAAUCAACGUUGUUCGAUGGGACCCAUCAUCAAAUUUACUUGCAUCUGGAUCUGACGAUUGUACAGUGAAGGUUUGGAAUUUAAAGCAAGAUAAGUGUGUCCACGAUUUCCGUGGUCAUGUCAGAAAUAUUUACGCUAUUAAAUGGUGUCCAGUUAAGAGAGUGGUGUCAAGCACUGGUAUGAUGUUGGUCUAUUUAAUUAUUAGUGCAUCAGCCGAUCGAACUAUUCGAAUAUGGGAUGUGGAUCGUGGUAUUUGCUUAUAUACAUUGAAUCGUCAUCAGAGCCCUGUCUAUUCUUUAGCCUUCAACUCCGAUGGUAGACUAUUGGCAAGUGGUUCAUACGACACAGCUGUCAAUAUAUGGUCGUUAGAAAACGGACUUCUCGUUCGGACGGUGAUGAUAGAUGGACCGGUUUCAGAUAUUGAUUGGCAUAAAGAUAAUAGAAUUGUUGCAGUUAGUGGCAAUGGCUCGGUAAGAAUCGCGUGUCUUUUUAUCUAA